GGUUGUUCACCGCUGUCCCUGGGCAGAAGCAAUGCGAUUUGACUCGCGACAUGGCUUCCAUCAUAGCUUCUGGUUGGACCAUGAAUGAUACGAUGUUGCUUGGUCCGGCGCCUACUCUCGGCCGUAUCACCUGCGGCUCGUCACUCGCUCUCGGGCCCACUUACAGGCAGACCAAGUGGUGACUGUUAUAAGCGACAGUCGGUGUCCCGUCUUCUAACGUCGCCCGCCCUCCGCCGCGUCUGUCACAUCCCCAGAUCCACCCCUCCGCCUGAUCCUUCCACAAACCGCAACAUGAACCCAGACGUACCACCGAGUUCCGACCCUUUGGACAAGCUUCACAGAAAGGUCCGAGAACACGUCGAUGAAGCUAUGAGAACUAUGCCGCUAGACCCGGAAAAGAGCCUCACUCUAAAUGCAUUCUUGAUUCUCCUCCAUUUGCUGGCCAUGCUUGUCAACAUUGCGAAAGACUUCGCGGAUCAAGCUGGUUCAGACCAAAUGGGGGCGGACGAGAUCGCUAAGCUCUUUAAGAAGAACGGCUUGUAUGAUACGUCAGACUUCGAUUCCAUAUUGAAAUAUGCCAAGCUUCUGAAGAUAAUCUCUGGGCAACUCGACAUGUACUUGCAAGAUCUGCGGAACCCCGUAGACGCCCAGGGCAGUAGAUCGGGUUGAAGGCGCGCUCAGAGGAUAAAACAGAUUGUAUCCACCGACUGCUGUCUUUCAUGACUUGCUUGGGGGUUGCAAGCCAACUAGUAAUAGCUGAAGUCAAGCAUCUUGUGCGAAUAGGAUGAAGGAACUUCGUUGAGUCAGAGGGGUAUGCGGCUAGCAUAAUGGAAUUGAGCGGGCUUACGCCCCCCAUACUGCCGUUGUGGCCGCCGAAAACUGCUGCAAUUUCCUUUGUGCCGCCUAGUGCCGCGAAUCCAGAGGCUGGGUGGCAAGCGUGACAUGUACUGACGAAGAGGUUCGUCCAGAGAGUAGAGUAUUUGCCCUCGGAGCGAGCAUAUUUGUCAGACGCACGCGAGACUCCUAAAUUGAGGCCCUGGCGAUAGGAAGCUGGAUCCCUGUUUGCAGUGGAUAAGGCAACUACAAAGGAGAGUGCGGGAACUCGGCGGAAUAGAUAUACGUGUUACUAGGACCAAAACAUCUUCAAGAAGGCUAAUCUUCACAAGAGCCCUUCAUCAUCGUGCGGCCAGCGUCAGAUGAGCCGGGUUACAGAGCCGCCGCAGCAUCCGUCAAGGUCUAGACAGUUGUGACCGGCGAUAACCAGUGGAGACUGUAAUGCUGAUAAGCAAAGCUUGAUAUGCAGACAAGACACCAAGA